AGUACAUCCUGUUUGUAGGUUUAUGUUGCUCUAACGUGAUGUCCUUGGUUUAUGCUUUAAAUAAAAAGAUAUUAACUUGAUGUAAUUUUGAACUGUAAACAGUUGUUUUUAAUCCACUGUAGUUUCUGGAUAAUCUGACGUUGUUCUGGAUUUUCUGAGCAGAAAUGUUCUGGAACCUGAGACCAGUGCUGACGUCACUCAUUCAAGCGUCCCAGCUGGCCUGCGCCUGGCCGGGACCCCUCCUCUCCAGGACCAUGACCACCCUCAACCAGCUGCACCGCAGGGGGAAGUACAAACCUAAACCCAAGCCCCUGGGCCCCACGUUCGGCCGCCCUCAGAUCAAAGGUGUGGUCCUGAAGACCAUGAACAGGAAACCCAAGAAGCCCAACUCUGCCAACAGGAAGUGCGCUCGCGUGCGUCUGUCCAAUGGGAAGGAGGUGGUGGUGUUCAUCCCCGGGGAGGGACACAACCUGCAGGAGCACAACGUGGUCCUGGUUCAGGGCGGGAGGACCCAGGACCUCCCUGGGGUCAAGCUGACCGUGGUCAGAGGCAAAUAUGACUGUGGUCACGUGGUGAAGAAGAAAAAGUAGCUCCUGUGUGUGUGUGUGUGUGUGUGUGUGUGUGUG